CGGCGAUUGGCUGCGGCGGCGUCGCGGCGGCCAAUGGGGGCGGCGGGGCCGGCUGCGGGCGCAUCGCUGCCCGUCGCCGCGCUGCCCGCCGCCCGCCCGCCUGCCCGCGGCCGGUGGCGCCGGAGUGCGGACCAUGGGGGACCCGGUCCCCGGGCGAGCCGCCCUCCUGCCCCGCGCUCCCCGCCGCCCGCGCCCCGCGCUCCCCGCCGCCAAGCGGGCGCACCCCGAGUACAGCUCGUCCGACAGCGAGGAGCUGGACGAGGCCGUCGAGGUGGAGAAGGAGAGCGCGGACGAGAACGGGAACCUGAGCUCGGCCGCGGGCUCCGCGUCGCCCUCCGCCACCUCGCAGAUCCUGGCCAGGAAGAGGCGCCGAGGGAUCAUCGAGAAGCGCCGCCGCGACCGCAUCAACAACAGCCUCUCCGAGCUGCGCAGGCUGGUGCCCAGCGCCUUCGAGAAGCAGGGAUCAGCCAAGCUGGAAAAAGCAGAGAUUCUUCAAAUGACUGUUGACCACCUGAAGAUGCUGCAUACGGCGGGAGGGAAAGGUUAUUUUGAUGCUCAUGCUUUGGCUAUGGACUAUCGGAGUCUAGGGUUUCGAGAGUGCCUGGCUGAAGUUGCUCGAUACCUUAGUAUUAUAGAGGGUCUGGAUGCCUCUGAUCCUCUGCGAGUUCGACUUGUGUCUCAUCUCAAUAACUACGCCUCUCAACGAGAAGCAGCAAGUAGUGCACACACUGGCAUUGGACACAUUCCUUGGGGCACUGCCUUUGGACAUCACCCUCACCUAUCUCACCCGUUGCUGCUGGCUCAAAACGGGCAUGGUAAUACCAGUACUACGGCAUCUUCCACAGAACCACAUCACCAGACCAGAAUUGCCGCCCCACACGCUGAAACUUCCUCACUCAGAGUGCCCCCAAAUGGCAGCGUUGGACCAGUGCUCCCCAUGGUCACAUCUACUACCAAACUGUCUCCUCCUCUUCUCUCCUCCAUGGCAUCUCUGUCUGCGUUCCCUUUUUCGUUUGGCUCCUUCCAUCUGCUGUCCCCCAACGUGCUGAGCCCAUCUGCACCAACACAGUCAGCAACCCUUGGCAAACCAUACAGACCCUGGGGGACUGAGAUUGGAGCCUUCUAAGGACUAACUGUUUAGUAAGGGUGGGGAAGCCUACAAACCUAGCUGAGCUGGGUUAUGCCUCGCUUAAAGUUGAAGUUCUUAAUAACUGGGACAAAGGUACAGCUUCACCUUAACUAAGUUUGUCUAAAAACUGUCUCUGAUUUUUUUUGUUUUGUUUUCAUUUUUGUAUUAGCAAUUUUUUUUAAAUAGUUGCUGAAGUUGUCCAAAAAUAAAAUUACAAUAGUGGUUGUUAACACUUGUGUUAGAUCUGUGCCAAGCAUUUAAAUCACUUUUGUAAACAGUUUGUUUAAAAUGUUUCAUUUCUCCUAAGUAUGUAAGACCGUCUUUCUAUGAAGAGAUUUCACCUCCUAUUGUUGGCAACGGCCUAGUUUAGUUAUUAAUUUUUCCAAGACCACUCUUCUCAGCAUUAACAAGCUGUGGUUUUGAUAGUAUUUUGAGAUUGAAAUUUUCUAUAAAAAUUACUCUUUUUGUAAACUAUAUUUGAGUCUUAUAUUUCUGAACAAAGCGUUGACAAAUCAGAUGAACCAGCUUGUCCAGCUUUAUCUAAGAGCCCAAUUUCUCUUCCUUCUGCAGCACUUUGAUAUAUUUGGUGGUCUUAUCCUAGUCCCUAGUGGACGUUCAGUCACAUCACAGAAGCACUGUGCUAUUUCUUCUACCAAAAGGAGCAGUGUGUGCUUUAGAGCAAACUGUAGAGUGGGGAGGGUCCAAAAGCCAAAUUACACGCUAUAUUGGUGAUGGGUUUAGUUGCUGGGGAAGUGAAGGCAAAAGGUAAGUUGUCACCUGCAGUACUCUUCCGGUCCGAGCUGGUCAUAUGCAUGUUCAUUUCAUAGGGCCAGAUUCUGCUUUUGAGUUACAGUGGAGUAGUUGUUCUAUUGUGCCGUAUUCUUGGAUAACUGGGAUCAGACUCUUUCCCUCUGUGAGCUUUAAAUUUGCACCUGAAACGGCUAAUGCUGGUAUGUAAAUAGCAAAUGGGAUGGUACAGUGGUAAGACGUUCAGUGCACAGCCUUGUUGCUUAACAGAUGUAUCCUAAGAGUUUGAUUUUUCUGUUGUGUUUUACUUCUAAGUGCAGUUCAGUGCUACUCCUCAUUUUGUAAGGGCUCUGCUGCAUUCUUGUGUGUGUGUGUGUGUGCCUGUACAUGUAUAGUUUGGUUGAUUUCAUGAGAAUCUUAAUCUGAAGAGGUUUAUCUAGUGAGUUCCACUGGAUGGGGUUUGACUGCUCUUGUAUUUGUGUUAAAUAAAGGAGAAAGAACAAAGUAUUUUAAAUGACAUGCUUGUCUGAUAUAUAUCAGUGAAGAAUUCUGUGCCUCUGGGUAUCAUGGAAGGUGUCAAACAAUUGCUACUUAAUCCUGUUGUGGGUAUUGAAUUUACUUUUUUUCUCAGAUAUGGCAUACUUAGCUAUAUGAGCUGAGUACAUAAAGAACUGCAAUGCCUCAGAAUAACCGUCAAGGAAAGGAAAACGUAGGAUUCGUUUUGCGUGUCACUUUUACUUGCUUGGCAGCAUGUAGUCAGGUAGUGAAGACACCACAGUUACUGCUAAAGAAGAGGUUAAAGCUGCAGUGCACCUGAAUGUUCUUACUAACUUGUAUUAGUAUUAAAAAGUGAUCAUCUUUAGAAAUGCAGAGCCCUUUCCUGUCUAACUUAUGAAAUCUUUAUCUGACCUAUAGCUCUGUAACAUAAAAAUUUUGUACGUAAGUCUGGAUUGGCUCAUGUUCAGUGCUUUAGUGCAGAAUCUACCCAAGGUCUCCAACUGAUCCUGUGUUUGUUACUGAGCGGUACUACUAGUGUCUUACACUUUUUCUUGAAGUAACAACCUGACAGGCUAAUGCGUAGAUAUAGGUUUUUCUCCAGAUGUGGUCUGUCCUAGCUGCAAAUAUCUACCUGCAGAACACUGACAAUUUUCUUGGGUGUAUCUCACUUCUUUUCUGUGCAAUUGAAUUUAUAGUAUACUUGUGUUGGUAAAUGGCACAUCCUUGUCUGGAUUUAGCUCUGCCAGAAUAGCAGAAAGAGCUCGGCCCUGUGGGAGACGAGACCUUUGUUUAAAGAGGGGCUCUUGGGCCAAUUAAGGAGUGGCAUUGAUGAGAGGCUUUCUCGGAAGGAUUGCCAUGAGCCUGGAAGGAGGGGGAGGGCAUUCAAGUGCAUAACCUUGUUUUACCUUCCUCCCUGAGCUGUAGGGAACAUUGCUAGAAAUGAAACACAAAACUCUGUGGGAGCUGGACAUACAUAGAUGUUACUGAGGAGAGAUUGUAGAGCAUAGUAUUUUCGUGUAGAAACAUAAAAUAAGAGGCUCUAAAAUUCCAAAGCUAGUUUCCUUUUCACAGUGUGUAUUGUC